GCAACAAAGGCUGGGAGCGCGCGAGGGGGGCGGGGCGGGGCGGAAUCCCGGCCGCCGGCGAGGCGGGGGAGGCGGCGACGGCGGAGGGUCGCCCCGGCCGGCCGGGCGGGGUCGCGCAUGGUGGCGGUCCCCGCGCCCGGGCGCCGCUAGGGCGGGCGGGGGGACGGGACGCCGGGCUGGGGGCGCGUCAUGUGGCCGCUCACGGUCCCGCCGCCGCCGCCGCUGCUGCUGCUACUGCUGUGUUCAGGCCUCGCGGGACAGACGCUGUUCCAGAGCCCGGAAGAGGGCUGGCAGCUGUACACCUCGGCCCAGGCCCCCGACGGCAAAUGCAUCUGCACGGCCGUGAUCCCCGCGCAGAGCGCCUGCGCCCGCGACGGCAGGAGCCGGGAGCUGCGGCAGCUGAUGGAGAAGGUCCAGAACGUCUCCCAGUCCAUGGAGGUCCUUGAGCUGCGGACGUAUCGUGACCUGCAGUACGUGCGUGGCAUGGAGACCCUCAUGCGGAGCCUGGACGCGCGGCUCCGGGCGGCCGACGGGUCCCUCUCGGCCAAGAGCUUCCAGGAGCUGAAGGACAGGAUGGCGGAGCUGCUGCCCCUGAGCGCGGUGCUGGAGCAGUACAAGGCAGACACGCGGACCGUCGUGCGGCUGCGGGAGGAGGUGCACAACCUCUCGGGCAGCCUGGCGGCCAUCCAGGAGGAGAUGGGCGCCUUCGGGUACGAGGACCUGCAGCAGCGGGUGAUGGCUCUUGAGGCCCGGCUCCACGCCUGCGCCCAGAAGCUGGGCUGUGGGAAGCUGACCGGGGUCAGUAACCCCAUCACCAUCCGGGCCAUGGGGUCCCGCUUCGGCUCCUGGAUGACGGACACGAUGGCCCCCAGCACGGACAGCCGGGUCUGGUACAUGGAUGGUUAUUACAAAGGCCGCCGGGUCCUGGAGUUCCGCACCCUGGGAGACUUCAUCAAAGGCCAGAACUUUAUCCAACACCUGCUGCCGCAGCCGUGGGCGGGCACGGGCCACGUGGUGUACAACGGCUCCCUGUUCUACAACAAGUACCAGAGCAACGUGGUGGUCAAGUACCACUUCCGCUCGCGCUCCGUGCUGGUGCAGCGGAGCCUCCCGGGCGCGGGCUACAACAACACCUUCCCCUACUCCUGGGGCGGCUUCUCCGACAUGGACUUCAUGGUGGACGAGAGCGGGCUCUGGGCCGUGUACACCACCAACCAGAACGCGGGCAACAUCGUGGUCAGCCGGCUGGACCCGCACACCCUCGAGGUGGUGCGGUCCUGGGACACCGGCUACCCCAAGCGCAGCGCGGGCGAGGCCUUCAUGAUCUGCGGCGUGCUCUACGUCACCAACUCCCACCUGGCCGGCGCCAAGGUCUACUUCGCCUACUUCACCAACACGUCCAGCUACGAGUACACGGACGUGCCCUUCCACAACCAGUACUCCCACAUCUCCAUGCUGGACUACAACCCCCGCGAGCGGGCCCUGUACACCUGGAACAACGGCCACCAGGUCCUCUACAACGUCACGCUGUUCCACGUCAUUAGCACCGCCGGGGACCCCUAGGCCCCGGCUGCCGCACAGUGGGGGGGCGAGGGGGCUCCCCGGGGGCCUUUUCCACUCUGCCUGUGUCCCUUAUGGUUGAUCUUUCUGUCUCUGUCGCACCCUUCUCUCCCCCCUUCUGCCCUCCGUAUUUCUAUCCAUGCGAUUUCUCAAUUUCAUCUCUUCUCCUUUACCGAUCUCUGCUUUUGAUACUCUACUUUUGUCUUUCUGCCUUUUUACUGAUGUCCCUCCGUCUCUUUCUCUUUCCCUGUCUCUGCCACUCUCUCUCUCUGCCCUCCCCGCCCCCACUCUUUGCUUCCCACCCCCACCCCCAGGAGUUGAAUGCAUGGAUCUGUUUCUUUUUUUAUUUACACUUCUUCUUUCCGGGCUGCCGGAAUAAACGGGACCUUUGACAUUUGA